AGCAAGUAUCAUUUUGUUUAUGAUGUGCUACCAACUGCUGCGACAAGGCAUAUUUUUCAUCAAAUAGAUAUUUUUCUCCACUUAUUACAGUUAGUGUUGUGAGACUUUGCCCUGGCCUUUUGUUACAAGAAACGCGUUGGUGGUGGGCAUGAGCUGUUUUAUUGAAUGAAGCAAACGCACCUACUACCGAUAGGAGGAUGAGCUCCAUCGCCGGUUGGGAUCUUGCUGUCUCCGGCGCUUCUGUCAGUAACCCGGGAGCUUCAUCUUCUCGUGCUUUGCACGUAGAACUCACAUCCCAGCAGAGGCGCUUGCGCCACCUGCGCAGUAUAGCGGCCCGUAACAUCGUCAACAGGAAUGGCUCCCCCUUGUUGGACACCUACUUCACCCUGCACCUCUGCCUGGAGGGCCGAAUCUCCAAAGACUUUUACAAAAGUGAAAUCAUCAGAGACUCUUUGAACCCUACAUGGCGGAGUCUAGACUUUGGCAUGCUGCCUGACCUGCUGGACACGUCGGUGUCCUGCUUCGUGGUGAGGAUCUGGGGGGGUCGGGGGGAGCACUUCCAGCUCCUCAUAGAGUGGAGGGUCAACUUGGACGGACUCAGAUACACUGGGCAGCAGAUCCGCUCCAGGAAUCAAAAUGAGAUCAUAUUUGGAUUAAACGAUGGCUACUAUGCAGCUGACUUUGAUCACAAGGAUCACUCGGAAAGGAAGAAGAACAGCUUGCUUCAGGUGGACCAGAGCUCCGUGCGAAACUCCUACAGCGUGUUCUCUCUUCUGAGGCUCCACACAGCCCAGAGGGCCAUCAAGCAGACCCAGGUGACGGUGCAGAAGAUCGGUAAGGAGAUCGAGGAGAAGCUGAGGACGACGGCGGCCUGCACGGAGAGGCAGAAGAAAGAGCGUGAGUGUAGGCACCUGCGCAUCAGCGUCCUGCGCAGUGAGCUGGAGAGGCAGAGGAAAGCGCUGGCCAAAGAGAUGGACACGCAACUCAAAGAGAAGACGCAGCUGCAGAAGAAGGAGGAAGCGUUUUCCAUAAAGCACCAGACACUAGACAAGGAGAGAGAGUCUUUAACCGAACAGCAGAAAGAAUGCACGGCCAAAAGAGAACUGUUCCUCAAGUCCAACGCACAGCUGACGUUCCGAUGUCGGCAGCUCCUGUCCGAGCUCUCCUACAUUUACCCCGUCGACGUGAACAAUCUUGAUUAUGUCAUAUGUGGGGUGAAGCUUCCGAACUCCGAGGACUUUCAAGCAAAGGAUGAUGGGAGUGUGGCCGUCGCCCUGGGUUACACAGCCCACCUGGUCCUCAUGGUCUCCUGCUUCCUGCAGAUCCCUCUCAGGUAUCCGCUGAUCCACAAGGGCUCCCGGUCCUCCAUCCGAGACACCAUCACCGACAAGCUGACGGAGAAGGAGCGAGAGUUUCCACUGUAUCCCAGAGGCGAGCGCUUUCAGUUUGAAUAUGGCGUCUACCUGCUCAACAAAAAUAUCGCCCAGGUAAGACUAGUUAUAAAGACCCAGAUGGAGAAGUACUGGAUUAUUUCAGACUCCGUGCAUAUGAUUUUGUCUGUGAAACUGCGUUUUCAUGUACAGAAUGCUAUGAUUAGUAUGUGGUUGGCUAUUUUUAACCAGAGGUACUGCAUGUUAAAGCUCCACUCAUAAUUAUUGAGAUUGCCACUCUACCCUCCCAUAAGUCUUAUGAUUGGAAAUCUGGGGGACAUUGUGUUUGUGUUUGUUGGCAAGUCUUCUUCUCUACUGAGUGGCUGAAUAAGUGCAUAUCUUGUCUGGAAUUAGACAUCUAUGUUCAAACAGCUUGUUGUGAUAAACAUGAGUGUCGUGCACAUUGGGCCUAAGUUAGUAUGUUACAAUAAGCCUGAACAUAAAUCUUUUGGAAUGACCAAACUACCACCUACUAACAGCCCUUUAACAGGCUAUAAAGCACCAGAGAGACAGCAUUCCUUCCUUAGGUUGUUUUGAACUUUUUAGACAUUUUGUCACUUCUCUUUUCCACAUCCUUGCUGGACCCUCUUCAAAACGCUCUAAUUGUGAUUCUCAAAGUGUUGUACGUUUUGUAGUGUCAGGCCAGAUAAAAGUUGAAGUUGUGCAUACUCUUGGUGUGGAAAUUACUUUCAGGCGGGAGCAUUGUUGUGCAUGUUAAUACGAAUCACCAGUGUUCUACGAGUUCACAAGGCAACUGAGCUGUUGAGAUUCCCCACAUGAAAUAUCUGCCGUCCAGUUCCUCGCCAGUCCUCAGAUCUGCAAGGCAUUGUGGGCCGGGUCGGGUCACAUGCUGGAAGCGCUACAUGGCAUUGUGUGUCGGGGAUCGUGGUAAACAUGCCAGAACUGAUAAGCCCUAACCCACAACAUUGCUUGGCCUCCCAUAGCAACC